AUGCGGGGAAGGCUGUUUUGUUUUCUGUUGGCUCUUCAAAUAGCAACGAGCCGGCCAUUAGCACCAAACGAUGGCUUGAAUUAUCAUCAACCAGGCCAGAAACCAGAGGCUUUACACGUCUCCUUGAGCUCAAGAGAAACGUCUUUGCAGAGUUUGAAAACCAUGGAAAGGGGUGGCGCCACAAUUAAGGAAGAGAACGGUGAAAGGGAGAGUAAGGUGGUGCUUGGGUCGAGUCCUCCAAAUUGUGAACACAAAUGCUAUGGGUGCACCCCGUGUGAAGCCAUUCAAGUGCCUACUACCACAAGCACACGAAUCCACGUGGAUCUGCAAUAUGCAAAUUAUGAACCCGAGAGUUGGAAAUGCAAGUGUGGUCCGUCCUUUUACAGCCCAUGA